ACAAGAAGAAGAAGUAGAAGAAGAAGAAGAAGAAAGAACCAAGUCAGAACCAAGUCGUCAGCUGUGUGUUUCUGGGGGAAGUUUGACGGGACAGCGCAGGUUGUAGUUGGCAGAAGUUGUAGUCGUUAGUCGUAUAUUGGAUGGGUCUAAAAUAUAUUAGACUGCAGGGUUUCAUCAUCUGAGGGGCGGACAUGGUCUCCACGGUCCUAAACACCGACGUGAAGCAGAUGAAGAUGUCUUGUCUGCAGAAGGAUGCUGAUCGUGCAGUGGUCGUCGCAGUAACGUCUCGUGCAGUGUUUGAAUCCGGGGCUGAAGGCGAUGAUGGUGAUGAGGUGUACAAAGUGGGCACGGCAUUCCCACUGCUACAGGCGCUCCAGAGAGUGAAUGCACGUCUGCUCGAGGAGAAUCCUGCUGAGUCGCUGCUGUUUGAUGUCAUCCUGGUCACCACUGACCUGGAACAGCAGCAGCAGAGCUCCCGCAUCAUCAGCAGCACAAGACAUUAUGGUCUUGAAGUCAGCAAGUUUAGUUUUUCCGGCACAGAGGAUUUCAUCGAGAGUUUACUGACAAAUAACGUGCGGCUCUUCCUGUCAACAGACAGAAACGAGGCGUCACAUGCAUCACAGAAUGGUGUUCUCUCGGCACUGCUGGACCAGAACUUGGCCUCCUGCCCAUCAGAGCAGCUCAGAGUUUUGUUCUGCGGAGACGCCGUCAUCCGUUCCAACAUCAGCCCAAUGCCAGUGAGCCAACAGGCCACCCAGAGUUUCUCGGCUCAGCUGGGUGAGAUGCGGCAGCGGUUCGGCAUGUUCGACAGCCCUCUCAGCAUGGUUCUGAUGACGGCACGUGGAGGCAGGGAAAGCUGCUCCGCCGCCCUGCUCACAUUGCGGUCUCAGGGCGUUAGCGUGGAUGAGGCAUACUGCCUGGCCGGGGCACCUAGAGGCCCCAUUCUGUCCCUGAUCCGACCUCACUUCCUGCUCAGCAACAGCCUCAGUGACCUGGAGGAGUGAUCCCAUCAUUAACUGUCUCAUGACUUGUGUCUUCCUUUAUUGUGUCUUAAAGACCAAAUGCCAAAUCCUCAGUCAGGAUCAUUUAGUCUCUUUUAACCUCAGUGGUUGUGAAAAAGAUUGUUCUGUUACUGGUCUCUGCUUAGGUAUAAAAAUAUGUAUUGGUCUUUAUUGCUUGUCUCUUUAUUGGAAAUUCCUUUAAUUCAGUAAUCUGACUGAUCUGAAGUCAGAUUGUACAACAGUUUGAAUGUGAUUCUCUGGACUGAACCUGAAUUAAAGUUCUGUUUAAUUUUCAAGAAUCCCA